AGAGCAGACCAAAAACGAACAGGCCUAUUGUCACGUGUGUCGACGGUGAUAAACGGGGUACAAAAUACGCGAUCGGAUAGAUAUUUACAAUGGAUAUUUUUAUAUUAGAUACUGCAGGCAAUAAAUCCAAUUACAUUGAGGUAGAAAGAAACCAUGAUAAUAAUUUGGAAAUUGAAAAGAAAAAAGAGUCUGAUAUUGACUCUAUGAGGAUAUAUGAUGCAGACUAUCUCGGCAUUAUAACGGAGGAACCAAAGAAACAGAAAUUUGUUUAUAAUGAAGACAUUGAUCUUGUGGAGUUUGAAGCCUACAUGGACUGGAGAUCUUCAAAAAUAACAGAACCGACAGAAGAUACAAUUUGUAUAAAGAAAGAAAUAAAUCCAGUAGAUGAGAUAAUGAAGAAAAGUAUUAUUACACCUAAUUUUGAAAAAUUACGGUUUGUACCUCCUUAUGAAUUGAGCAAACGCCAAUUACAAGCUCGUAAACGACACGAAAGGCGAAAGGCUGGAACAGGUGCGGGAUGGUUUAAUAUGCACACACCUUAUGUAACACCAGAGAUAAAACACGAUCUUGAGGUGUUACAAAUGAGAUCAGCAUUAGAUCCAAAACAUUUCUACAAGAAGAAUGAUAGAAAAGCAUUGCCAAAACAUUUUCAAAUUGGCAAAAUUGUGGACUCACCAAUGGAUUAUUAUUCAUCACGUCUUACAAAGAAGGAGCGUAAACAAACAAUUGUUGAUGAGCUUAUGGCUGAUGCUGAAUUCACAAAGUAUAAUAAACGUAAAUACAAAGAGAUUAUUGAAGAAAAGAAAAAGACCCACUAUAAAGCGCAUAAACAUGCGAAGAAAUUGAAAGGAAAGAAGAAGUAACUUAUUGUGAUUACAUAUAAAAUAUAUUUUCUGUAUUUGAGAGAUGUACAAUGCACAACAAUUGGAAACUUGUUUACAGCAAUAUGUAUACAUUUAAAUAAGUAAAAAUCAAAUCAAAAUAUUCACAUAUACAGCCCUCCAGUAAUUUCAACACUUGCUCCACUCAUAUAGGAACUCCUGUCAGAUGCUUAAAAUGCAGUUACCUCUGCCACUUCUUGCAGCUUUCCUAUUCUUGCUAGUGCUGCUUGUUUUAUUAGUAUCUCUUUCUUCUUACCUGAUAAAACAGCGAACAUGGGAGUGUCUAUAGGGCCAGGCAAUACUGCAUUAACUCGG